AUGGUGCCUUACGUAGAAGAAGGAACAGAUUCCAUGCUUUCGAAUCGAAAUGUAACUCGUUCACCAGAUGAAAUCCUUGUAUCUGAGAAUCGAGUCGAUGGCAUUUUUUGUCGCAAGAAGAAGAAACCGAAUCGGGUUCGAAAACAAACGAAAAUUACCGAUCACCAAAUUGAACGAACAAUCAUCAUGGUCAUCGAAUAUAAUAAACACAAUUAUAUUGGCACACUUACGAAUACACAAUAUCUCAGCACAUUCGGUUACGUUUACAACGAACUAACUUUACAAGUUUCGACAGGACUGGUCUUACCCGGAACGACUGAUCCUCAGUAUCAACAAUUUCAUUUCGUACCACAGAAUCCACGACAAUACUAUCAACAAAAAACGCCAUAUCAGCAAACAUACAAUUCAGUUCUAACUCCACGCGUCAAUUUGUUUUUGUAUUCUCUAUCUGUAUACAAACCCACGUGUUUAACUCGUUCUUCACCAAUGUGCGCCAAGGGCGACAAAAUAUAUAUGACAAACAUGACUGAAUCAACCACUAACAAAAUGGACGACUCCUUUCCAACGAAAAUGCUCGCUGCACAGCAGACUGGCUAUGGUGAAGUACGUAAUGUAAUUACUCUUGGGAACGAAGUACCCGUUCCUCGACAAUUAUCGUCAAAUCAAAUUCUCGUUAAAGUUUACGCUGCAUCAAUCAAUCCAGUUGAUUGGAAACUACUCAAUGGCAAUAUGUCACUGAUUAUUCGACCUUCAUUUCCACAUAUACCUGGAAAAGAUGUUGCAGGAGUUGUUGUGGAUAUUGGUGCAUCUGUGAAACGUUUUCAAAUCGGUGAUGAAGUUUACGGAAAUCUUCAUAUGGAUGACGGUAGUUAUGCCGAAUACGUUCGAGGAAAUGAAGGAAAUUUUGCUUUGAAACCAAAGAAUUUAUCAAUGAUUGAGGCGGCUGCUGUGCCUCUAGCAUGUGAAACGAGCUAUCAAGCGUUGUUCGUUAAAACAUCACCACCUGUCGGAGCACAAACUAAAGUAUUUAUCUGUGGUGGCGCUACAGCAACAGGAUUAUACGCGAUACAGAUGGCGAAAGCAGUUGGAGCUCAUGUGGCUACCACGUGUUCACAACGAAAUUUUAAUGUGAUGGAAAAAGUCGGAUAUAAAAUUGUACAAGACGUUAAUGAAGUUAAUGAUGAUCCACAACAAUUGUUGGUCAUCGAUUACAACAGUAAAAAUUUUGGAGAUAUAUUAAAAGAUCAAAACUAUGACCUUGUCUACGAUUGUGUCGGUGGCGAACAACAAUGGAUAGCGGCAAAACAGAUCCUUAGACAAGGUGGUCAGUUUGUAACUAUAGCUGGUGACGAUCCAGAAGCAUCGGUGUCUCUGAAGUCUGCAGUAACGAUUGGACCUCGUCUUUUAUCGAGAAAAUUGGGUUCUGUUUUUGGAUCCUCGCAUCAUGGUUAUAUAUUUCAUUUGCUUAGUCCAGUUUCUUCUGAACUUGACCUUAUACGCAGUGAAUUUAUCGAAACGGGCAAAGUCAAAUCACUGAUCGAUACAGUUUUCGAUUGGCGAACGGAGGGUGUUGAAGCUUUGUACAAAUUGUAUGAAAAAUCAAAAAGUGGCAAAGCUCAAGGAAAACUAAUUUUGAAAAUCGCUGACGUUCAAUGA